UAUUUGCGCGGCACGAAAAAGCUUGGGUUUGUGUCACAUUCAUUCAAGACCCCCAAAAUGGCAGGUCCAGAUUUAGUCAAAACUGUGGUGUACACGAUUAAUAAUAUAUUACAGCAAGAAAAGUAUAAAGCUGCACUUGCAGUUGUUAAAGGAUUCCGAAAUGGUGCUGUUUAUGGGGCAAAAAUCCGGGCACCCCAUGCUCUUGUCAUGACGUUUCUUUUCAGAAGUGGAAGCCUGAAAGAUAAGCUGCGAGCCAUUGUGAAGGCCACGUACCAACACUCGCGCAACCUUGCCUACUUUGUGUUCACGUACAAAGGACUGCAAGCCCUACAGGAGAGGAUCCAGGGGAAGAGUCUACCAUCUCAGUCCUUCUUCGCCGCCUGCCUCGGUGGCUGGUUGGUGUUUGGGGAAAACAACAACAUCAAUAGCCAGAUCAACAUGUACUUGCUGUCUAGGAUCCUGUUUGCCUUGUCUCGUCUGGCUGUGGAGAAAGGCAUUGUACCACAGCCCAAGCGGGACCCCUUCCCCCUGUUUGCUACCCUGGUGUGGGGCAUUGUGCUAUGGCUGUUCGAGUACCACCCCCACACCCUGCAGCCUUCACUGCAGUCCUCCAUGAACUACCUCUACCACGACAGCAACGUGUGGCACGAUAUCUCAGACUUCCUUGUCUACAACAAGCCAAGGACUGUCGCUCCCAAGUGAGCUAAAGCUAAAAUAAGCAUCUCAAUAGACUAAAGUGUCUUCCUCGUCUCCUUUCCUUCAUCUGGUCUGAAAGACCUGGACAGGGUGGAAAGCAAAUUCCCGGUAUGACUUUAGACUGUUGCGAUGCAGGCCAUGGCCCGUAUUUAAAGUGUCUCAGAGUAGGAGGGCUGAGCUAGGAUCAGUUUUGCCCUUUACUCAUUCAAGGGUCUUUAUUUCGACUAUUUUCUACAUUGUAGAAUAAUAGUGAAGAUGUCAAAACAAUCAAAUGACACAUAUGUAAUCAUCUAGUAACCAAAACAUAUAUUUUAGAUUUUAGCUUCUUCAAAGUAGCCACCAUUUGCCUUGAUGACAGCUUUGCACACUCUUGGCAUUCUCUCAACAGCUUCACCUGGAAUGCUUUUCCAACAGUCUUGAAGGAGUCCCUACAUAUACUGAGCACUUGUUGGCUGCUUUUCCUUCCCUCUGCGGUCCAAUUAAUCCCAAACCAUCUCAAUUGGGUUGAGGUCGGGUGAUUGUGGAGGCCAGGUCAUCUGAUGCAGCGCUCAUCACUCUCCUUCUUGGUCAAAUAGCCCUUAUACAGCCUGGAGGUGUGUUGGGUCAUUGUGCUAUAAGCGAAAACCAGAUGGGAUGGCGUAUCACUGCAGAAUGCUGCAUUAGCAAUGCUGGUUAAGUGUGCCUUAUUCUAAAUAAAUCACAGACCUUGUCACCAGCAAAGCACCAUCACUCCUCUAUGCUUCACGGUGGGAACCACACAUGCAGAGAUCAUCCAUUCACCUACUCUUCGUCUCACAAAGACACUGCGUGGUUGGAACCAAAAAUCUCAAAUUUGGACUCCAGACCAAAGGACAGAUUUCCACCAGUCUAAUGUCGAUUGCUCAUGUUUCUUGGCCUAAGCACGUCUCUUCUUCUUAUUGGUGUCCUUUAGUAGUGGUUUAUUUGCAGCAAUUCAACCAUGAAGACCUGAUUCACGCAGUCUCCUCUGAACAGUUGAUGUUGACAUGUGUGAAGCAUUUACUUUGGCUGCAAUUUCUGAGGUGCAGUUAACUCUAAUGAACUUAUCCUCUGCAGAGGUAACUGGGUCUUCCUUUCCUGUGGCGGUCCUCAUGAGAGCCAGUUAACUCUAAUGAACUUAUCCUCUGCAGCAGAGGUAACUGGGUCUUCCUUUCCUGUGGCGGUCCUCAUGAGAGCCAGUUAACUCUAAUGAACUUAUCCUCUGCAGCAGAGGUAACUGGGUCUUCCUUUCCUGUGGCGGUCCUCAUGAGAGCCAGUUUCAUCAUAGUGCAUGAUGGUUUUUGCGACUGCACUUGAAGAAACUUUCAAAGUUUUUGACAUUUUCCGGAUUGACUGACCUUCAUGUCUUAAAGUAAUAAUGGACUGUUGUUUCUCUUCGCUUAUUUGAGCUGUUCUUGCCAUAAUAUGUACUUGGUCUUUUGCCAAAUAGGGCUAUGUUGUGUAUGCCACCCCUACCUUGUCACAACACAACUGAUUGGCUCAAAUGCAUUAAGAAGGAAAGAAAUUCCACAAAUGCACUUUUUACAAGGCACACCUGUUAAUUGAAAUGCAUUCCAGGUGACUACUUUAUGAAACUGAUUGAGAGAAUGCCAAGUGUGUGCCAAGCUGUCAUCAAGGCAAAGGGUGGCUAUUUUGAAGAAUCUCAAAUAUAAAAUAUCUGGGUUUUGGUUACUACAUGAUUCCAUAUGUGUUAUUUCAUAGUUUUGACAUCUUCACUAUUAUUCUACAAUGUAGAAAAUAGUAAAAAAAAAUAAAAGAAAACCCUUGAAUGAGUAGGUGUGUCCAAACUUUUGACUGGUACUGUAUAUCUCCUAGAUCAGCACUAUUUGUGAAUACGGGUCCUGGUUCUCUGCCAUGUUAAAUCAAGAGCUAGUGAUUAUAAACCUUUUAAAGAAAUUAAAUAUUUUUAAAGAAAUGUUGGCUUUCAUUAAGAAGUAUGUGCUCCUAGAUCUAGUGUAAGUGAAAUAAAUAAUACCUGGAAAGGUGUGAAGCUGAUUUGCUCUCCCUGUCAAUCUAGAAUUGUAUCAGUUUUUAUAUGCUACUGUAGUUUAGAACAGAGUUUCCCAAGCGCGGUCCUGGGGGCAUGUUUUGGUUUUUGCCUGGGCACUACACAGCUGAUUCAAGUAAUCAAAGCGUGACCAUGAGUUGGUUAUUUGAAUCAGCUGUGUAAACCAAAAUGUGGGAAUGUGGGAACCCCUACUUAAGACUAUGCACUACCUACAGUUUUUUUUUCAAUGCACUUACCGCACUUGAUUCAUAGAAUAGCACAUUUUCCAGUAAUUACUAGAUUCUUUGUAAUGUUCUUUAAUGUUUCUUUCAUAAGAUAGUGCUACUUUGUUUUUAAUAACAAAGCAGUAAGCAGGAUUUAAUGUGAUAUUUCCAUGAUCUAAAACUGGUGUUUUUAAACAUUUUAUUUUAAUAUUCAUAAACUACAAAUUUUACUUUCCUUAGUUGUUUUUGGUACGAAUCAUCAGUUUGACCUUGAACAGUGUUUGCUUGUUAAAUGUUUGUUACAAUGAUUUUUUUUUAAACAUAGGUUAGCAUGAUACAAAAUGUACCUACAGUUCUCUUAAAAGUGAAUUGCCUUUCUUAGCCAUACUGUCAUUGAACAAUGCUUUUUCAUUUAUUAAGGACACAUUCACUGUGCUAUUCAUGGUAAAGUAUGUGUCCUUUUCAGAUCACACACUUUACAAUGUUGUUUUUGUAAGUGGUGUAAAAACAAGAAUAGUCUGACCCAUUCUUACUUUCUCAAUCUUUUUUAUGUCUAGCAUUGAUCCUUUGGUCUGUUUGUUGCUCAAUUCAGGUUCCACCCGUGGAGUGGGAGUGAACGUGAUACAAGCCUAAUUCCGUUUCUCCCUCAUCGAGUAUGCACGCAUUCAGUCCCCCUCAAGGAUUUCAACCAUUGGUGUAUGCAUUUGGCUUGAGGGAGCCUCAAUUAUAUUCCUUUCACCAACCCAUUCCUCACAAAAUUAUUCUGCUUAGAAUUGGAAUUGGGCUACAGAUUACAUUCAGUUAUCUAAUUAUACAGGCUCUUCAACUGCAACAGAAUAAAUGCUGCUUUUAUGAUUUA